AUGGAUUCAAUUAGAGCAAACAUCGCCUAUCCAAAGCUGACCUACUACCCAGUAGACAUCAUAGACAUCCCUCCGACAUUGGAAGACUACAACCCUUUUGCCGAAGAAGAACACCCGCCCUUUAGGGUCAUCUACCAAUGGAAGAAGGUAGACUUCGAGUACCCGAAUCCAGAAAUGAGACAAGCCGCCAUCAAAAACAAAGACUUCAUCCCCGAGAACAACCUACCCCUAGGCGUCGACACCUGGAAGCACCGUGUCUUCAUAACCCUCCCCCGUUGGAAAAAGGGCGUACCGGCCUCUUUGGCCUGGUUGCCGGCCCUUACAAUCAACAAAUCUCCGGCCCUGAUGCCCUAUCCAUCGUGGGAUUGGCACUCGAACAGCGAUUGUCAGAAGAUCAUAUCGGUGUUCAGGAUGAAGGUGGACGAGUGCGGCAGAUUGUGGCUGCUGGAUUCGGGUUUGGAGGACAUCACCACCACUCCGAGGCAGUUAUGUCCGCCGAAAAUAGUGGUUAUCAACUUGGUGACGGAUCAGAUGGUGCUGUCGUUCGAGAUACCGAAAACGUUCGUUAAACAAGAUUCCCUCUUCACCAACAUCCAAGUUGACAUAAGGCAUGAUCAAUGUGAAGAUGCCCAUGCUUAUAUAACAGACGUCUGGCGUUUCGGCAUCCUGGUCUACAGUUUACAAAAACAAAAAAUGUGGAGGGUCACCAGUCAUUUAUUUUACCCCGAUCCAUUCGCCUGCGAUUACGAACUGCACAACCUUAAAUUUCAAUGGACAGAUGGUGUCUUUGGAAUCUCUUUGGCACCCAUCAACAAAGAAGGUGACAGGGUGCUAUUUUUCCACCCAAUGUCAAGUUUUUACGAAUUCCAAGUAUCUACCAGCAUUCUUAGAAACGAAACGAUUUGGACGAAACCAGGAACCUCGUUUCAAGUCCUCGGAUAUCGUGGCCCCAAGGGCCAAAGUUCAGCCUCAGGAGUGGACAGGGAUGGCAUCAUGUUCUACAACCUGGUUUUAAGGGAUUCAGUAGGUUGUUGGGAUUUGAGGAAGCCCUAUGUGGGAAAAAAUCUAGGCCUGGUCGGCGCAGGAAAUUCAUCUGCCUUGAUUUUUCCCAAUGAUUUGAAGGUCGAUCAAGAGUUUCCGCAGGGUUUGUGGGUUUUGAGCAAUCGAUUGCCUGAUUAUUUGUAUAAGGGAUUGAAUUAUGAUGAUGUGAACUUUAGGGUUUUGAGGGCUGAUGUUAAGGAUGCUGUGCGGGGGACUGUUUGUGACCCUUUGGGAUAA